ACUAUAAAUAUAAUAUCAAGCUACACACUUUGUUUCAUCAAUUUCUUAAGCUAUCAAAGUAUAUUGAAGAACAAGUGUUUCAUUUCGAUCUCAACUAAUUAAUGGCGUCUUAUUUGCUUUUAUUCGGUCUCUUGUUGGCAACUAGUUCUCUUGCAUUGGCUUCCGACCCCAGUCCUCUUCAAGACUUCUGUGUGGCGGAUCCAGAUAGCAAAGUACUCGUGAAUGGGGUGGUUUGUAAAGAUCCACAACGCGUGAAAGCAGAUGAUUUUCUAUUUAGAGGGCUACAACGUAUGGGUAACACCUCCAACGACGUUGGAUCUAAUGUGACCGCAGUAACUGUAGCAGAGUUACCGGGCCUCAACACUUUGGGCAUUUCCUUGGCCCGUAUUGACUUUGCUCCAUGGGGAAUUAACCCUCCACAUACGCACCCUCGUGCCACUGAAAUCUUGACUGUCAUUGAAGGAAGCCUUCUAGUCGGUUUUGUCACAUCCAACCCAGAAAACCGUCUCUUCACAAAAGUACUUCAAAAGGGUGAUGUGUUCGUGUUCCCACAAGGUCUAAUUCACUUCCAGAAAAACGUCGGAAAUGGGUAUUCUCUUGCGAUUGCGGGUCUAAGUAGUCAAAACCCAGGAGUCAUUACCAUCGCAAAUGCUGUGUUUGGAUCAAACCCGGACAUCACUGGAGAUAUUCUUGCAAAGGCCUUCCAAGUUGACGAGAAGAUAGUUUAUCAAAUUCAAUCUAAAUUUUAAAAAUAUAUGUAGUGAUCAUUAUAAGAAUAUAUUUAUUUCUCUAACUUAUAUGUUUUCUUACUAGUGAUAUUGGUUUGUUUUGUCAUGUUAUAUUCAGAAGCGAAUAAAAAUAUAUUAUAAUUUUAUAACUUUAUCUUGUGAAUGUGAUGAGACAUGAGUGUCAAACUGUCAAUA